AUGUCUCGAUUCAAGCUCAACAAAAAGCAGCGCCUAGUUGCCACAAUCGCGAUAUCUGGCGGCUUCUUCGUCGCAGAGCUGGUCAUCGGGUACCGCACAAAGUCUCUUGCUCUAGUAGCAGACGCCUUUCACUAUGUCUCGGAGAGGAAAACCCCUCCACCUAAAUCCCUACCCUUUGGCUGGAAACGCGCCCAGGUGAUGGGAGCCUUCUUCAACGGCGUGUUUCUGCUUGCGUUGGGUGUCAGCAUCCUCCUUCAAGCCAUUGAGAGAUUCACUCAACUUCCGCAUGUCGACGACCCAGUACUGGUUCUGAUCAUGGGCUGCAUAGGCCUCGGGCUCAACGUCAUAGUCCUAAGUUUCCUCCACGAAACCCAUCACCAUCACCACACCCAAGAAACAAGACAUCCCGACGAAGAGUCUAGAGACCCUCCCUCCCCCUCCAACACUCCAAUACCGGCACUACCAGCAUCUGCCAAGCAACACACCUACACCCGCGACCUCAACAUGCUAGGCGUCCUCCUCCACGUCCUAACCGACGCCCUAAACAACCUCUCCGUCAUAAUCGCCGCCCUCAUCGUCUGGAAAUCCCCUUCUCCCAACCGCUUCUACGCCGAUCCGGGCGUCGGUGUCUUCAUCGCCCUGACAAUCAUGCUCUCCGCUGGGCCUCUCUGCCGGCGCGCGGGCCAGAUCCUGAUGGAAAGCGCUCCUGCGCAACUUGAUGUUAAUUUCGUUCAGGGAGAGAUGCUAAAGGUAAAGUAG